AUGGGUAAAAAAUUAGCAAUAUCUCCAAUACUGAUAUCUGAUCAAAGAGACACUCAUAGUAAUCGACCACAUGCAAUUCCUAGGGAAGUGAAAGAUUGUAUAAAGCAACAUGUUUCUAUGUUCCCAGUUGUUGAUUCCCAUUACACACGGCAGAAUACACAAAAACACUUUCAAUUUUCGAAAAUAUAUCGCUUUUAUCAGGAAUUUGUCAAAGAAGAGUCAAUUAGUGUAAUGGCUCAGAAUGCCACUCUGAGACAAUACACUGAUAUUUUUAACAAUUCAUUCAAUUUAAGUUUUUAA